AUGCUAGAGACUGGGAGAAGGGAUGUGGAAGAGGACUUGGAGGCUGGGAGCUGGAGGUACCGAAACCAAAUUGAUCGUGUCCUGAUUUCCAUCAAGAUUGAUCUGGUUUCGGUUGAGACUCCAUUGAUUGAGUUGAUUGAAUCCUUUGCCUCAAGAACAAAUCUGGCCAUCAGAAUAUUAGUCCUGGUUUCUGUUCCCACUUCAGUACUUCUCUGGUUGACCGGGAGCUGCCAGUGCCAUUCACCGACAGACAGAAUUCCAGAGGAGAAGCAGACCUUGGUGCGGUCUUUGGAUGAUGGGACAGAAGUUGAAUCAGUCUGGAGAGAAGUCCAUGAUGAUCUAGGAAUAAGAAUCAGUGAGAGGUACUGGGUGGUGGUCCUGCUAUUUAGCUGCUACUCCAUGUGCAACGCCUUCCAGUGGAUCCAGUACGGCUCCAUCAAUAACAUCUUCAUGCACUUCUACGGGGUCAGCGCCUUUGCCAUCGACUGGCUGUCCAUGUGCUACAUGCUGACCUACAUCCCUCUGCUGCUGCCCGUGGCCUGGCUGCUGGAGAAAUUCGGCCUGCGCACCAUCGCCCUCACCGGGUCCGCUCUCAACUGCCUGGGGGCCUGGGUGAAGUUGGGUAGCCUGAAGCCGCAUCUCUUCCCCGUCACCGUGCUGGGCCAGAUCAUCUGCUCUGUGGCCCAGGUCUUCAUCUUGGGCAUGCCCUCCCGCAUUGCUUCAGUCUGGUUCGGGGCCAAUGAGGUGUCAACGGCCUGUUCCAUAGCUGUCUUCGGCAAUCAGCUUGGAAUUGCAAUUGGGUUCUUGGUCCCUCCUGUUUUGGUACCCAACAUCGAAGACCAGGACAAGCUUGCCUACCACAUCAGCAUCAUGUUUUACAUAAUAGGAGGCGUGGCCACUCUGCUUUUCAUCCUUGUCAUCAUCGUAUUCAAGGAGAAGCCUAAACAUCCCCCCAGCAGGGCCCAAUCCCUGAGCUACGCCUUGGCGUCCCCUGAUGCUUCGUACUUAAGUUCCAUUGUCCGGCUCUUCAGAAACCUCAACUUUGUGCUGCUUGUCAUUACCUACGGUCUGAAUGCUGGUGCUUUUUAUGCCUUGUCAACUCUGCUGAAUCGCAUGGUGAUCUUGCACUACCCGGGGGAAGAAGUGAAUGCUGGAAGAAUCGGCCUGACCAUCGUCAUUGCAGGAAUGCUUGGGGCUGUGAUCUCAGGCAUCUGGCUGGAUAGGUCCAAAACCUACAAGGAGACAACCCUGGUGGUCUACAUCAUGACUGUGGUUGGCAUGGUGGUGUACACAUUGACCUUGAACCUGGGACACCUGUGGGUCGUGUUCAUCACUGCUGGCACAAUGGGCUUCUUCAUGACCGGCUACCUCCCCCUGGGAUUUGAGUUUGCUGUGGAACUGACAUACCCAGAAUCAGAAGGCAUGUCGUCUGGCCUCCUUAACGUGUCUGCCCAGGUAUUCGGGAUCAUCUUCACCAUCUCCCAGGGUCAAAUUAUUGACAACUAUGGAACCAUGCCCGGGAACAUCUUUCUGUGUGUGUUCCUCACCCUUGGAGCAGUCCUCACUGCAUUCAUUAGGGCAGAUCUCCGGAGGCAGAAAGCAAACAGAGAAACUCCUGAGAAUAAACUCCAGGAGGAGGGGGAGGAGGAGGAGGAGAGCAAUGCCAACAAAGUACCCACCAUUGUGUCUGAGGAGCACUUCUGA